AUGGAAUCUGGGAGAAGGGGAUGCAAUCAGGGAGAAGGGGAUGGAAUCGGGGAGAAGGGGAUGGAAUCAAAGAGAAGGGGAUGGAAUUUGGGAGAAUGGGAUGGAAUUUGGGAGAAGGAGAUGGAAUCUGGGAGAAGGGGAUGGAAUCUGGGAGAAGGGGAUGGAAUAUGGGAGAAGGGGAUGGAAUCUGGGAGAAGGGGAUGGAAACUGGGAGAAGGGGAUGGAAUCUGGGAGAAGGGCAUGGAAUCAGGGAGAAGGGGAUGGAAUCUGGGAGAAGGGGAUGGAAUCUGGGAGAAGGGGAUGGAAUCUGGGAGAAGGGGAUGGAAUCUGGGAGAAGGGGAUGGAAUCUGGGAGAAGGUGAUGGAAUCGGGAAGAAGGGAUAGAAUCUGGGAGAAGGGGAUGGAAUCUGGGAGAAGGGGAUGGAAUCUGGGAGAAGGGGAUGGAAUUUGGGAGAAGGGGAUGGAAUCUGGAAGAAGGGGAUGGAAUCUGGGAGAAGGGGAUGGAAUCUGGGAGAAGGGGAUGGAAUCUGGGAGAAGGGGAUGGAAUCUGGGAGAAGGGGAUGGAAUCUUGGAGAAGGGGAUGGAAUUUGGGAGAAGGGGAUGGAAUCUGGGAGAAGGGGAUGGAAUCUGGGAGAAGGGGAUGGAAUCUGGGAGAAGGGGAAGGAAUCUGGGAGAAGGGGAUGGAAUCUGGGAGAAGGGGAUGGAAUCUGGGAGAAGGGGAUUGAAUCUGGGAGAAGGGGAUGGAAUAUGGGAGAAGGGGAUGGAAUCUGGGAGAAGAGGAUGGAAUUUGGGAGAAGGGGAUGGAAUCUGGGAGAAUGGGAAUGGAAUUAGGGAGAAGGGGAUGGAAUCUGGGAGAAAGGGAUGGAAUCAGGGAGAAGGGGAUGGAAUCUGGGAGAAGGGGAUGGAAUCUGGGAGAAGGGGAUGGAAUCUGGGAGAAGGGGAUGGAAUCUGGGAGAAGGGGAUGGAAUCUGGGAGAAGGAGAUGGAAUCAGGAGAAGGGAUGGAAUCAGGGAGAAGGGGAUGGAAUCUGGGAGAAGGGGAUGGAAUUUGGGACAAGGGGAUGGAAUUUGGGAGAAGGAAUGGGAUGGAAUCUGGGAGAAGAGGAUGGAAUCUGGGAGAAGGGGAUGGAAUCUGGGAGAAUGGGAAUGGAAUUAGGGAGAAGGGGAUGGAAUCUGGGAGAAAGGGAUGGAAUCAGGGAGAAGGGGAUGGAAUCUUGGAGAAGGGGAUGGAAUUUAGGAGAACGGGAUGGAAUCUGGGAGAAGGGGAUGCAGUCAGAGAGAAGGGGAUGGAAUCGGGGAGAAGGGGAUGGAAUCAAAGAGAAGGGGAUGGAAUUUGGGAGAAUGGGAUGGAUUUGGGAGAAGGAGAUGGAAUCUGGGAGAAGGGAAUGGAAUCUGGGAGAAGGGGAUGGAAUCUGGGAGAAGGGGAUGGAAUCAGGGAGAAGGGGAUGGAAUCUGGGAGAAGGGGAUGGAAUCUGGGAGAAGGGGAUCGAAUCUGGGAGAAGGGGAUGGAAUCUGGGAGAAGGGGAUGGAAUCAGGGACAAGGUGAUGGAAUCGGGGAGAAGGGAUAGAAUCUGGGAGAAGGGGAUGGAAUCUCGGAGAAGGGGAUGGAAUCUGGGAGAAGGGGAUGGAAUUUGGGAGAAGGGGAUGGAAUCUGGGAGAAGAGGAUGGAAUCUGGGAGAAGGGGAUGGAAUCUGGGAGAAGGGGAUGGAAUCUGGGAGAAGGGGAUGGAAUCUGGGAGAAGGGGAUGGAAUCUGGGAGAAGGGGAUGGAAUCAUGGAGUAGGGGAUGGAAUCUGGGAGAAGGGGAUGGAAUCUGGGAGAAGGGGAUGGAAUCUGGGAGAAGGGGAUGGAAUCUGGGAGAAGGGGAUGGAAUCAGGGAGAAGGGGAUGGAAUCAGGGACUGGGAGAAGAGGAUGGAAUCUGGGAGAAGGGGAUGGAAUCUGGGAGAAUGGGAAUGGAAUAAGGGAGAAGGGGAUGGAAUCUGGGAGAAAGGGAUGGAAUCAGGGAGAAGGGGAUGGAAUCUGGGAGAAGGGGAUGGAAUUUAGGAGAAGGGGAUGGAAUCUAGGAGAAGGGGAUGCAGUCGGAGAGAAGGGGAUGGAAUCGGGGAGAAGGGGAUGGAAUCAAAGAGAAGGGGAUGAAUUUGGGAGAAUGGGAUGGAUUUGGGAGAAGGAGAUGGAAUCUGGGAGAAGGGAAUGGAAUCUGGGAGAAGGGGAUGGAAUCUGGGAGAAGGGGAUGGAAUCUGGGAGAAGGGGAUGGAAUCUGGGAGAAGGGGAUGGAAUCAGGGAGAAGGGGAUGGAAUCUGGGAGAAGGGGAUGGAAUCUGGGAGAAGGGGAUGGAAUCUGGGAGAAGGGGAUGGAAUCUGGGAGAAAGGGAUGGAAUCAGGGAGAAGGGGAUGGAAUCUGGGAGAAGGGGAUGGAAUUUAGGAGAAUGGGAUGGAAUCUGGGAGAAGGGGAUGCAGUCAGAGAGAAGGGGGAUGGAAUCGGGGAGAAGGGGAUGGAAUCAAAGAGAAGGGAAUGGAAUUUGGGAGAAUGGGAUGGAUUUGGGAGAAGGAGAAGGAAUCUGGGAGAAGGGAAUGGAAUCUGGGAGAAGGGGAUGGAAUCUGGGAGAAGGGGAUGGAAUCUGGGAGAAGGGAUGGAAUCUCGGAGAAGGGGAUGGAAUCUGGGAGAAGGGGAUGGAAUCUGGGAGAAGGGAAUGGAAUCUGGGAGAAGGGGAUGUAAUCAGGGAGAAGGGGAUGGAAUCUGGGAGAAGGGGAUGGAAAUAUGGGAGAAGGGGGAUGGAAUUUGGGACAAGGGGAUGGAAUCUGGGAGAAGGGUAUGGAAUCAGGUAGAAGGGAUGGAAUGUGGGAGAAGGGGAUGGAAUCUGGGAGAAGGGGAUGGAAUCAGGAGAAGGGGAAGGAAUAUGGGAGAAGGGGAUGGAAUCUGGGAGAAGACGAUGGAAUCUGAGAGAAGGGGAUGGAAUCUGGGAGAAGGGGAUGGAAUCUGGGAGAAGGGGAUGGAAUCUGGGAGAAGGGGAUGGAAUCUGGGAGAAGGGGAUGGAAUCUAG